AUUCAAUUAAACACAUUGAACGAUUAUAUUUCAGCAGAACUAAGGUCCGAAAUUAUUGCAAUAUUGUUGAAUCAGAAGAGGAAAAAAAACAUUCACCCCCCUGUAUGUCAAUGGUUUGGUCCGGGCGUGACAUCAUUCCAAGGCUUGGACUUCGAUGUCCGACUCGUGUUUUUCUAUGUUAUUGGCAACGCUUUUAUAUAAUACGUUAUAUUAAUAUAACAGUCCCUUACUCUUUUAUUAAUUUGGAUCUCAGCGUGAAAUAUCGGCUCGAGUAAUCUGCAAAAAUGAAAUGGAUGUUUAAAGAGGACCAUUCCCUGGACCACCGGUGUGUGGAGUCGGCCAAAAUCCGCAACAAAUACCCGGAUAGGGUCCCGGUCAUCGUGGAAAAGGUGUCCGGCUCACAGAUUGUGGACAUCGACAAGCGGAAGUACCUGGUUCCAUCUGACAUCACCGUGGCGCAGUUCAUGUGGAUCAUCAGGAAACGCAUCCUGCUGCCAUCGGAGAAGGCCAUCUUCCUGUUUGUCGAUAAGACCGUCCCGCAGUCCAGCCUAACAAUGGGACAGCUGUAUGAAAAAGAGAAGGACGAGGACGGUUUUUUGUACGUGGCGUACAGCGGCGAGAACACCUUCGGCUUCUAGAGGAGACGGCACUUACACACCUUCUGUGCUGCUUCCCCACCCAUACAAUCACACCCCCACCCAGCAACCCCCACCCCCACCCCACAGGCUUCAUCAGACAAACUGACGUGUGGAAAAACAGAGGAAUUAUAAUGCAUUUGUAUCUCGGC